GACUCUCGAGCGUCGAGCUCGAGCGAACCCAACGCAUAUCCGCAAUCCGGAGUCCCCAGACGGCAACCGUUGCCAUCCAUCUCUCACUCCACGCACCGUCCGCGCACGGCUCGCCGGCCAUCACUCGCACACCACAGCACGACACCAUCGGCCCCUGGCCUUUCCUUCCGUGCACCUACUACCCCCCGCGCCACCGCGGAAAGUAAACCCCCGAGAUCCAGCGCCGUCGGCACGACCACCAGGCCUGCGCUGAGCAGGGAUGGGGCGGAGAGGGGAGCCCUACUACGUCGAGGCGGCGCCGCCGGUGGACGUGAACAAGAACACGGAGUGGUUCAUGUACCCGGGCGUCUGGACCACCUACAUCCUCCUGCUCUUCUUCGCUUGGCUCCUCGUCCUCUCCGUCUCCGGAUGCUCCCCGGGGGCUGCCUGGACCGUCGUCAACCUCGCGCACUUCGCCAUCACUUACCACUUCUUCCACUGGAAGAAAGGAACCCCUUUUGCUGCUGAUGACCAAGGCAUCUACAGCAGAUUGACAUGGUGGGAGCAAAUGGACAAUGGUCAGCAGCUUACUCGGAACAGAAAGUUUUUGACUGUGGUACCUGUGGUGCUGUAUCUGAUUGCAUCGCACUUGACCGACUACAAGCAGCCGAUGUUUUUCCUCAAUACGAUUGCAGUUUUUGUGCUGGUUGUGGCGAAAUUGCCGAACAUGCACAAGGUCCGCAUAUUUGGAAUCAAUGCAGACAUCUGAGGACCACUGCAAGAAGUGCAUGGUCGAAAUAUGAUGUUAUGAAGAGCUACACCAGAACAAGCAGUGUGUUUCUCAAAGUCGGCACAACUGCCUGUAAUAUAUGUACAGCAGUACAGGUUUAGAAAGAACUGUAAAUGUUACUCUAGCAUACAAGGUUUGCCUGCAGACUGCUCUGUGUUGUUGCCGUUGCUGCUUUCUUUUUGGUUUCAUUGGAAGUGGAAACGGUAACUUCGGUAAACAACCGCCAGCAUGUGGAUAAGUGUGUAGCAGUUGGUAAGUUGGAAAACUGUGUAGCGGAUGCUGUUUGGUAUUUGGUAAGAUGGAACCCAUAAAUCAGUAAAUUUCAUGUUUGUCUUCGCCUC